UGUUGAAAGCUAUCAACCAGCAUCUCCAUUCCAUCCGGGAUAGUUUUCUGGGAUGCAGGGACGGCGGCGGUAAUGGCUGACUGGGUGGAAGCACUGGAUUAAAUGGUUCUGAUACUGGCAGGUCUGACAUUGUGAUCUCAGACUUGUACAAUACUUGAAGGACAUAGACACAAGCCAGUGGGACAAGGUCAGUUUGUCUGGGGACCGUCACGAUGUCUAAGACCAGAGAGUCAGUCAAGGUGGUGGUCCGCUGUCGACCCAUGAAUGAGAAGGAGCGGGCAGCCAACUUUGAGAAGGUGGUGCAGGUGGAUGUGAAGCUGGGCCAGGUGGCCGUGCGAAACCCCCGGGGGGCUGCAGCCCACGAACACCCCAAGGUCUUUACAUUUGACUCUGUGUACGACUGGAACUCCAAACAGGUAGAUCUCUAUGAUGAAACCUUCAGGCCCCUGGUAGACUCCGUUUUGCUUGGUUUCAAUGGGACCAUAUUUGCAUACGGCCAGACGGGUACAGGAAAGACCUACACUAUGGAGGGGGUGCGCAAUGACCCAGAGAGAAGGGGUGUAAUCCCCAAUUCCUUUGAGCACGUCUUCACACACAUCUCCCGCUCCCAGAACCAGCAGUACCUGGUGCGGGCCUCGUACCUGGAGAUCUACCAGGAGGAGAUCAGGGACCUGCUGUCCAAGGACCAGUCCCGCCGGCUGGAGCUGAAAGAGAGGCCAGACACAGGUGUAUACGUCAAGGACCUGUCCUCCUUCGUCACUAAGAGCGUACGAGAAAUAGAGCACGUCAUGAACGUGGGGAAUCAGAACCGCUCGGUGGGCUCCACCAAUAUGAACGAGCACAGCUCCCGAUCACAUGCCAUCUUUCUUAUUACCGUCGAGUGCAGCGAGCUGGGUGUCGACGGAGAGAACCACAUUCGAGUUGGCAAACUGAACCUGGUGGACCUGGCUGGCAGUGAGAGGCAGACCAAGACAGGAGCCCAAGGAGAGCGCCUGAAGGAGGCUACCAAGAUCAACCUGUCCCUGUCAGCCUUGGGGAAUGUCAUCUCUGCCCUAGUGGACGGCAGGAGUACCCACAUCCCCUACCGCGACUCCAAGCUCACCCGCCUGCUACAGGACUCCCUUGGGGGCAAUGCCCGCACAGUCAUGGUGGCUAACAUCGGACCAGCCUCUUACAACGUGGAGGAAACACUGACCACGUUACGCUACUCAAACCGCGCCAAGAACAUCAAGAACAAGCCCCGCGUCAACGAGGACCCUAAAGAUGCUCUGCUCAGGGAGUUCCAGGAAGAGAUUGCUCGGCUCAAAGAGCAGUUAGAGAAACGCUCAGGGAAGAAGAAGAAGAAGAGGAGGAGGAGGGGGGUUGGAGAAGCUGGGGAUGAACUAGAAGAGGACACUGAGGAUGGAGAGACUGAGGAGGAGGAGGAGGAUGAUGGUGCAGAACCAGCUGAUAAAGUGGGUGCAGAUUAUUGGCGUGUACAGCAGGAGAAGUUGGAGAGGGAGAGGAAGGCCAUCAUGGAGGAUCACAGUCUGGUGGCAGAGGAGAAACAGAGGCUGCUAAAAGAGAAGGAGAGGAAGAUGGACGCCCUGAAAAAGGAGCAGGAGGCAGGCGAGAUGCUGACUGCCAAAGUUAAGGCGAUGGAGAGUAAGCUUCUGAUGGGUGGGAAGAACAUAGUAGACCACACCAAUGAGCAACAAAGGAUCCUGGAACAGAAGAGACAGGAAAUCGCUGAGCAGAAACGCAGAGAGAGGGAGAUGAAACAGCAGGUGGAGAAUCGUGACGAGGAGACCCUGGAGUUGAAGGAGACGUACAGCUCUCUACAACAGGAAGUAGACAUCAAGACCAAGAAGCUGAAAAAGCUGUUUGCGAAGCUGCAGGCAGUGAAAACUGAUAUCCAUGAAGUCCAGGAGCUGCACAGCAAGGAGAGACAGGAGCUGGAGCAGACCCAGAAUGAGUUGACCAGGGAUCUCAAACUCAAGCAUCUCAUCAUUGAGAACUUCAUCCCCGUGGAGGAGAAGAAUAAGAUUGUGAACAGGGCGUUCUUGGACGAGGAGGACGACCACUGGAAGAUGCGUCCCAUCACACGCAUAGAGGAUGACCAGCAGAUGAUGACCAGGCCAGUGUCAGCGGUGGGCUACAGACGACCCCUGAGUCAGCACGCCCGCACCUCCAUGGUGAUGAAGGCUGACGUCAGGUACAAGGCUGAGAAUAUCCUGAUGCUGGAGAUGGACCUGCCUGCUCGGACCACUAAGGAGUAUGAGGAGCCGGUCAUAGCGCCCACGGUAGCAGCAGCGCUGGAGGAUGCACUGCGUGAAGAAGAUGAGAUUCAGGUGGAUGCCUCCGGGUUCCACAGCAGCCUCGGACCCACCCAGACCACCAGCACUGGGGCCGGCAAGAAACCAAAGUCUGGCCGACCUAAAACGGGUAAGAAGACUGUCACCCCCACCUCUCCAUACAGCCUCUCCAGCCCAGGACAUCCUUUAUACCCACAAUCCCGUGGGCUGGUGCCCAAGUGAUCACCCCACACCUUUCUGUUUUGGGACUCAAAGACUGCUUUUUGUUUUGUUCCUCUGCUGAGUCUUGGAGACUGAUUUGCAGAGAAAGUAAAGGAGACUCAGAUUAAAGCUUAUUUUUAUUUUACCUGAGAACGUAGCUGUUUAUAAUGUUUGUUUUUUUAAGAGAUUUGUUACAAUCUUACCAUCCCAAAUGGUUUCUGGACCAAUACGUUUCUGAGCUGCACGUUUCCUCCUGGGCCCCUCCCAGGUCUGCAGUAUGAUGGGAUGUGGACAUGGGGGGGGCUGACAUCUGAUGGGGCACAUGACAGCUGUUACAUGUCAUUGACAUGCUGUGUGUUUCUGUGCUGCAUGUCUGUCCAGAAGUGGUUGUGCUUCCUACUUUAGGUUUACAAUGGAGUGCUGUUAUCCAGGAGGUCUGUCUGUUGCCCUAGAGAAGUGGGGAGUCUGUCUGUACUGCAUGGUGAAGUGUACAGGCUGGAGGGUGAAGCACACUACAGCACGUCUCUGUCGCGUGGUGGGGGCCGCUUGCUGCUGGAAUCACUAGAUGCUGUUCUUUCUGGCGCACAUGAUGGAUGAUGUGACGACGAAGACAGGGAGAAGAUGACGCGACAACAGGAUAGUGGGGAACGAGAGGUCAACACAAACCAAAUCUAUCAGGGUUCCAAGGUGCCUUUAUAUUCUCCUACAGGGACAGGCUAAAGGAGAGGAUGGAGGGGUUGUAUCGUUUCCCCAGCCUCAUCGUUAUCAACCUCACAUCUGGCUGUGUUCCUUGGAAUCAACUGAUUUCUUGUACUUGAGAGAGAUUAAAUGGAGCUGAAGGUUGGGACGAAUAACUAAUGUAAAACAUACUGUCCGUAAAACAUUUAUAGGUUAACAAGAGCAGGCUGAAAUACUGUACAUUAAAACCUACUAAAGCAGGAGCUCUUCUACCUACUAUAUCAGAGGCCUCCAUCAAAAUAAAAUAGACUUGGUCUGGAAAAUGAAGGUAGCUUUCCGUGUAUGUUUUGGAUAAAUAUGCAGUCUUAAUUCACACGGUUGAAACCUGCAUGUCUGACUACUGUUCCCACCUCGUGUCACUGUGAGGGCUGUGCUGCCGCUUGCUGCUGCUACUGGGUUCUACUACCCUGUGACAUAGUGUGUAUAUAGAGAGCAACAUGUCCAUAGAUAAUCCUGCAGCACCUUUUCAGUUGUAGAAAUUAUACAAGUAAAUAGCUGUCAAUAGUGGAGAAGUUAACUUAUUACCACUUUUCAUUUUUAUAAACAAGUGUAGAUAAAAAAAACAUUUUAAAGUUUUAUUUUUGGAUUUGUAUAAUUUCAACUUUAUGUACACAUUUUGUUUUAUUGGUUACUCCCCCCCCCCCCCCCUCCCUGACACAGUACACAUUUAAUAAAUGGCUUUAGUUCAAAUCUUUAGGUUAAAUUUAAUUUAUGUUUUAAGUGUUCUCUUAAUGUGAUGUUCACUCAGAUUGUGUGAGAAAGCAUAUGUUGGGACAUGUAUACACAGAGUAUAGCAAACAUUAGGAACACCUAUUGAGUUGCAUCCAUCCCUCCCCUUUACCCUCAGAACAGCCUCAAUUUGUCAGGGCAUGAAGUCUACGAGGUGUCGAAAGCGUUCCACAGGGAUACUGGCCCAUGUUGGCUGGAUGUCCUUUGGGUGGUGGACCAUUCUUGAUACACACGGGAAACUGUUGUGUGAAAUCCAGCAGCGUUGCAGUUCUUGCCACAAAGCGGUGUGCCUGGCACCUACUACCGUACCCCGUUCAAAGGCUCUUGUCUUGCCCAUUCACACUCAAUGGCACAUACCAGCCAUGUCUCAAGGCUUAAAAAUCCUUCUUUAACCUGUCUCCUCCCCUUCAUCUACACUGAAGUGGAUUUAACAAGUGACAUCAUAGCUUUCAGCUGGUCAGUCUCAUGGAAAGAGCAGGUGUUCUUAAUGGUUUUGUACACUGUACAUUUGCCAUGAGAAUCUUUAUACAAUGGUUAGCCCCUGAUUUAAAUUCUCUGAUCUUAUGAAAGCUAACAAUUACACUACAUAUUGCAUGAUUUUAGAAAAUUCUUACCAAUUGUCACCAAGCCAUAGAAUUUGGUAAAUGUGAAUUGCUUGAUAAUCCCUCAAUUUUAACCGCACCACACCCAGACUCCAUGUAUCCGUGUAGAAGACGUUUGACCGAGAUGAAUCUCUGAUAUUGUUUUAGCCAAGUUAAGAGUGCUGGUGCACUACAAUCUGGUGCUGACUGGGAAAGCAGAAGUCCUUUUUCUUGUACAUUUCUUUUAAUAAAGACUUAAAAUUA